UUGUGUUCUUGAGUGUAUGGAAUAAGGUCUAGUUAAAUAACCUAAAGUUUGCUUUCUCUUUGUCGGGGAGGGGUUGCUGAAUGAGGAAAACAGUUGCAGAACACUGCCUGGGAAAGUUAUAGCACUACAGAAACCAGGGCUCCUUGCCACAUGAUGCCGAUGCAAGAUUUCAAAAACACUCCCUUUGCCCACCUGCUGGUGGCCAUGUUCGGAAUGGGGUCUUGGGUUGCAGUGAACUCCUUGUGGGUUGAGCUUCCAGUCGUAACAAAGAUUCUCCCUGAAGCAUGGAAUCUGCCAGCCUAUUUGACAGUACUGAUUGCCUUUUCAAAUGUCGGCCCCUUACUGGUCACCCUUGCACACAGGUUCUCCCCGGGUCUGCUGAAUGAACGUUAUCUUAUCCACUUCAUCCAAGCACUGGGUGUGAUCUCCUCCAUUGCCUUAGCACUCACCUGGGAUCGGACUGUGUUGGUUGGUGGAAAGCAGCACAGUGUAGCCUUCCUGACCCUGGCCUUCGCCUUAGCCUUGGUCUGCUGCACUUCCAAUGUCACCUUCCUGCCCUUCAUGUACCGCCUCCCACCCAAGUACAUCAGGACCUUCUUUGUAGGCCAGGGCUUCAGUGCUCUCUUCCCAUGUGUGGCAGCCCUAGUGCAGGGUGUGGGCCAGUUGGAGUGUCGCAACAGUUCGGCUGCCAAUGGCUCCCAAUCCCUCCAGCCACACUACCUUAAGGAGAACUUUACAGCUAGUGCCUUCUUCUGGCUUUUAGUGGGGCUAAUGUCGAUCUCCCUGUUGUCCUUUGUUGGACUGGUCCAAAAAAGCAGCAACAAGCAGCACGCUACCCACGUCAACAAUGAAUCAUGGCAGCUGACCGCAGAGAGUCAGCCAGCCCCCAAAACACCACCACCUCCAUUCUGCGCUGCCCGUAACAUCUACCUGCUUAUCUUGCUGGCUUUCUCCAAUGCUCUGACCAAUGGGGUGCUGCCAUCAAUCCAAACCUACUCCUGCCUGCCAUAUGGGAGCACCACCUUUCACCUGGCAGUGGUGCUUGGGAAUCUCGCCAAUCCGUUGGCCUGCUUUGUUGCCAUGUUUGCACUCUUGAGGUCCCAUAUUGGACUUGGUGUCCUGGCAUUUCUAGGAUUACUGUGUGGAGUCUACAUUUUGAUGUUGGCAGCACUCAGUCCAUGUCCCCCACUGCUUGGAAACUCGAUGGGUGUUGUUUUAGUGGUGAUUGCAUGGAUGCUGUUUACUGGCUUGUUCUCCUACCUGAAAGUGGUGAUUGGCAGCAUCCUCCAUGAGGCAGGUCAUCUGGCCCUGGUCUGGUGCGGAGCAUCCAUUCAGGUUGGCUCAUUGAUCGGUGCUUUGGUCAUGUUCCCUUUGGUUAGCAUCUACCAGCUCUUCACAUCAGGGCAGGCAUGUGUGGAUACCUGUGGGCAGUGACUGGCAGAGGAGACAUCUUAUCAGACUGAACCCAGAGGAAGCCUUCAAACCACAGCAAAGACUAAUUGCACAGGCAAAGGAGCCUCAAGGGUAUUGUGCUUGACAAUGGAUAACACGAGGAUUUUAAACCCUGCUAGAAGGCGCUCUAUCUCUUUGCAAUUGGGCCUGGAUUUCUCCUUCACCCAUUCCAUAUUUCUCCCACUUAAAAUUUCAUCUCCCAACACUCCUUUUAUCCUUUUUGGUCUAUAUUUGGCACUUUUUUAAUUCCAGCCCCCUCUUUCUUUCCCCAAUCCACUAAAGACUGUGACUCUAUAUUGAGGCAGCACAGACUGGGGAAUACUGGCUCUCUACUGUCCAUGUAAAAGGAGCUAGUCAGUAUUUUUAAAUGCACACCUGGUGGUUAUCACUUUCUUUUGUUCUUCACUUCUCCGUGCAAAUGGGUUUUUUAAAUGGCAAGGAAUAAACAGGUAUUAAUGCAGCUGGAGUUGAUUUUUUUUCUAAAGAAAAAUCAGUGACAAAGUACAGGUUCCUCACAAGAGAAUGCUGCAAUAAUUUUUAUAAUGUCAGUGUUGAAGCCUUGCUAUUCUGUAAGCUAGCAGCUCCUCAGCUAGGCUUCAUUUGCCCAGGACAGGUGUUCCUGCUCCUGCCCACAGCUGGGCUCACUUUUUUUUUCAUGCUCCCUCUUCCAUCUACAUAUGUGGACUUGGUGAGGGCAAAUUUCAGCACCCUGUGUAAUGCACUCCAGUUUGUUAAUUUCUUCUGAAACCUGGAAGCAGGAGCAACUGUAUCUUGAUGUGUUUGUAUGGUCAGGUGAAUAAGGAAGGGGUAAAGAAACAAUAACUUAAAAGUUUUCUUGUUCCUGAAGGUUGUGUGGACCUUUUUAAAUUUUGAAAGAAAUAAAUUAAAGUUUUUUUAUUUCUCAAUUCAAA